AAAAGUGCUGUCAUUGAACCGGAAAAAGUUUUCAUUGCAAAUAUUUAGUGCCUUCUUUUGUUAUUAUUUUUCGCAUAAUUGGACAAAUUAUUGUGCUGGUGUGUUUUUAGAAAAAUGAAAGUGUACGCAAGCAAAAUGACGACUCUCAAAGCACUAUUGAACGCACCUCUUCAACGCCAAAAUGGAGAAAUCCAUACAUUCGACGCCAGCUGGUAAAGUUUCGCAAAUUGCGAAUCUUUUCCAGCGUAAACCUAUCGAAAUACAGCCGGUGGAACAGUUAAGCGCCGCUGCAGCUGCUGCUGCCGCUGCCGCCGCCGCCGCCGCCGCAGCAGUUAAUCAGCAACAACAAGCCAUUGGUGUUGGAAUACCGGCUACAGUUGUACGCACCGAAUCUCAUUCUGCUCGUUUCAAUAAUGCACGCGCGCUUUUCGAAAAGCUCGGCGUGGAGAACAAUUCGAAUUCGAAUGUGAAAAUGUCACGUUCCGGCUCGCGUGACGAUAAUCUUUGUGAGGGCAAUAGCUCGGAUCGUUCAUCGUCGCGUUCCUCAGAUCGUUCGAUAUCGCCACCGAAGCGUCGUUCACCCUUUCCACCAGGUUGCAAUGUAGCCGCUUCAUUGGCGAACAAUAAUAAUUGUGCACUGCAAGUUAAUGGCGGUUUAGCGCUGAGUAAUAGUAAGUUUAUCGUAGAACCGGGUACGAAGCUACAUCACAAUAUUGCACGUCACAAAUCCGAAGACGGUGUGCUAAGCAGCUCAUCAGUGGUCGGCGGUGUGAGUGCAAUACUAUCGGCUGGUGGUGGUAGUGUCGACAAGCCGGAGAAACCGGAACGUAAAUUCAAUUCACGCGAACUAAUUGAGAAACAAAAGAAAUGGACUUCACAUUUUACGAAAACAAAAUCAAAUCGAACGCAUAGCGACCAAAAUCGUUGUGACAUUAUCCGAACUGUGCCAGGCACAACGCUCUUUUCCGGUUCGGCCAUACAAAUGAAGGAUAAGGAAAAGGAGAGAGAGAAAGAGAAAGACAGGGAGCGUGAAAGGGAGCGGGAGAAAGAGAACGCCAAUAUUGCCGUUACCGUUGCCACCGCCUCACCAAACGUCAAUCACAAGCCAACCGCUGCGAAUGCUGCGGUAACCAGCAUGGAACAGCUACGUUCACCCAUUUUGGCUGCUGCACAACAGCAUCAGCAAGCACAGGAUCAUCCACCCAGUCCACCGGUACGUCACACUGUCGUACCGCCUGAGAUAAAACCGCGUAGUACCAAUAAAAUUGGUAGCCCCAUUAAAUCGCCACCAUUGCCACCCAUACCAGCUGCCAAACCGAAGAACCUAAGUCCAAUUAAGUUUAACCCAGAACGUGUACGUUCGCCCACAAAACUGGCUGAUGCAACGCAGCCGCCUCCACCACCUGCCAAAUCGGCUGCUGUUACGGCAGCUCUACAGCGUUCACUUGAUGAGCAACAACAAGCCGCAGCCGCAGCCGCAGCCGCUGCCUUGACAACUGCACCUGUGCCACCAGAAAAGCCACGCAAAAAAUCUAUUGAUCUCAUUGAGGGUGAGGAUAGGCUAACGCCAUCUUCGCCCACUUCAGCGACAUUCCAGUAUGUGGCCAUAGCCGCAAAGCGUGGUUCGGUGGAUAGUUUGGGUGGUGGCGCAAAUGGCCUAAGUGGUAGCAUUAAUUCGGCUACAUCGUCUUCGCCAGCCGCCAGCGCUUCGUCGGGCCCUUGUUCACCUGUCUACACCGAAGACGAGAAGCAAGAGAAUGAAUCGACUGAGAAAUCAGAAAUGCAGCAGUAUUACAACAGUAUGCCACGUUCGCGUCGCAGCGAUAACGAAGGUGAGUGCAGUGCUAAUUUUUGUUGUUGUUUAUACUACAUGUAGGAUCAUAUGUAAUUGUGGAGAGUGUGGGGCUCCUUACGCUAGAAUUCGGAUAUUUUGAAAAAAGUACACUCAACUCCAAACUGAAAUUUAAAACGAAGCCUUAAUCUUAACUUUUAACAAAGCAAAUCCUUCCCAUGUACUUUGUCGAGGCGUGUGAAUUCACCGCUCUUAUUGAAACAUGACUGAAGAUCGAUAGAACAUAGAAAACCAAGAUUUUGCAUAGCUCAUUUUGUUCCACCGCCAAGAGUUCGCGGAAAGGAUUUACCAUAGGUCACCGGACAAGACCACCCUCUUUAUCUUUCGAUGCGUAGACGGCUGUUGAUGUUUGGAAUCUUCGGCGAAGAUUGUUAUGAUCCUGGAGUUUGACAAUGGGAAUCCUAGAAAAGUUAUUAUCAAAGAAGAAGCGUCCGAUAGGCUCUUGGUAUAGUAUCUAGACUGACCGAAUCUAGAUUCCUUCCAGGGCAGGCACACUUAAUUGCAUUGCAGUUAUGUAGCCUUGUUUGCAUAGAGGGCACGGAACACUUUUCUAGUUCAUCUUUCUAUACUACGGUUUCUGUUAAGCUUUCUAUCCAGUGUAUGAAUAAACAAUGAAUCAAUGAAUUUCUUAAUAGAUUUUUACUUCAAGAAUAUGGUUGCAGAGGGGCCAAUAGUCCAAGAUCUGACAACGUUUUUUGUUUGAUACCAAACGAAAGUUUGGGUGGAAACCCCCUGCCAGACCCAAAAAACCGUUGCUAUGCUAUAAGUUUCUAAAAUUUAAACGGAAUU